UUGCUCAAGUCUGCAGCCUAAGGGUGUUUGUGCAAGACCCUUCCCCUGUUCUUGCUCAAGUCUGCAGCCUAAGGAUGUUUGUGCAAGAGCCUUCUCCUGCCACUUGAGGAAGUUUCUAAGCUCAUAAUCUUCCAACUUUUGUGGCAAGCCAUGGCGGCCCAGGAUCCUCUCCAUGUGAAGACCCCACUUCGUGACAGCAUGGCCCUGUCUAAAGUGGCUGGCACCAGUGUGUACCUAAAGAUGGACAGCUCCCAGCCCUCGGGUUCCUUCAAGAUCCGAGGCAUUGGGCACCUCUGCAAGACGAAGGCAGAAGAAGGCUGUAAACAUUUUGUCUGCUCUUCAGCGGGCAAUGCAGGCAUGGCAACUGCCUACGCGGCCAGGAGGCUGGGCAUCCCGGCCACUAUCGUGGUGCCCAGCACCACACCUGCCCUCACCAUCGAGCGGCUUAAGAAUGAGGGCGCCACAGUUGAGGUGGUGGGAGAGAUGUUGGAUGAGGCCAUCCAGCUGGCCAAGGCUCUGGAAAAGAACAACCCAGGCUGGGUGUACAUCCCCCCCUUCGACGAUCCCCUCAUCUGGGAAGGCCAUACUUCCAUCGUGAAGGAACUGAAGGAGACACUGAGUGCCAAGCCUGGAGCCAUUGUGCUAUCAGUGGGCGGUGGGGGCCUGCUGUGCGGAGUGGUCCAGGGGCUGAAAGAGGUGGGCUGGGAGGAUGUGCCCAUCAUUGCCAUGGAGACCCUUGGCGCCCACAGCUUCCAUGCUGCCAUCAAGGAAGGAAAGCUGGUCACCCUGCCCAAGAUCACCAGUGUUGCCAAGGCUUUGGGUGUGAACACUGUGGCAGCCCAGACCUUGAAGCUGUUUUACGAACACCCCAUCUUCUCUGAGGUCAUCUCAGAUCGGGAGGCUGUGGCCGCCAUCGAGAAGUUCGUGGAUGACGAGAAGAUCCUGGUGGAGCCCGCGUGCGGCGCGGCACUGGCCGCAGUGUACAGUGGAGUGGUGCGCAGGCUGCAGGAGGAGGGCCGGCUGCCAGGCUCACUGGCCUCCCUGGUCGUUGUCGUGUGCGGAGGCAGUAACAUCAGCCUGGCCCAGCUGCAGGCACUCAAGGCGCAGCUGGGCCUGAAUGGACUGCCCAAGUGAUGACCGUGGCUGUCCUGGUCACCCUGAGAGGGGACACCAGCACCCCUGAGUAGUGUGGGCAGGGAAUGCACCUGGCAGUGGUCCCACCCUCCUUUACCCAUGUUUAUAAUGUGUACUUUUUCACUGUAAAUAAAUAUAAAUAUAUAUAUUUAUAAAGCAAA